CACGCCGUCGCCGAUCUCCGCGUAUCGGAUAAGCCCUCCGCUCGACGUCGUAUUUGAAGUCCUCAUAUCUACCUGGGUCCUACCUAUAGUUAUGAGCGCACAUUUUAAAAGACUGUCAUUUUUUAGCACUCUACCAUAGCCUCCUUUUGGUCAUGUCUAUCCAGCGCAUUCCCUACACCGCCCCACGUUCGGACUUCAUCGCAGCACUAGAAAAGGACGGCUGCGUGAUAGUCACGGGCUACACAAACGACGAAACCCUAGAGCAAGCGCGGAAAGAAGUGCAGCCAUGGCUGGAUAAAGACGAGUCCAACAGCACGGUCGGAGCCUUGAACGGCGGAACCAAAACCUGCACGCGCUUGGUCGGCAGAAGCAAGACCGUCCGCGAGAAAUUCUUCAGCGAUCCUUUGUUCCAGGACAUGGUGACCCACUUCCUCUCCCUUACAACAACAUGCUGGUACUCCGACCAACCCUCAACGAACACCUGCCCGCCCCUCCUCAGCAUCAGCAUAACCAUGUGCUCCGGCCCAGGCACCACCGCGCAAAAGCUACACCGCGACGACAAAAACCACCACCAUCGCCACGCGUCAGCAACUGCCUACACGCCGAAUCGAGACAUGCUGCUCGGCCUGUUCGUCCCAGGGUGCGACACCACCCGCGCCAACGGUGCCACGCGGGUUGUACCCGGUUCUCACCUCUGGGGCGAUGGGAGGCCGGACUUCGGGGACGACGGGUGUAAGGGUGUUGUGGACGCGGAGUUGAAGAAGAAUGAAGCGUUCAUGAUGUUAGGUAGCACCUACCACGGCGCCGGGGAGUAUGGUUUGCCAGAUGGGGAUCGCAUGGUGCACAUCAUGUUCUGCUGCAGCGGAAACUACCGGCAGGAGGAAAUCAGUUACUUGAGCUAUCCAAUCAAAGACGUGAGGGAGUAUAGUAAGCUAGUGCAAGAGCGACUAGGCUGGAAGCAGAGUGAGCCAAACCUGGGGUGGGUAGAUCUGAAGAGCCCAGAGCAUUUACUAGAGUAA